UGUGGGUUUAUAAAGAGCUAUGUGUCCUUCGACUUCAGUCAUUUCCAAAACGUGUGGUUAAAAAUGAAAAGGACAUUGUGGGUGCUGCUGUUUCUGAGUGUCUCUGAGACACGGACCGCGGAAGAUUCGCUCACAAACAAUGAAAUUAGUCUGCAUGACCAUGAAAAAGUCAGUGAUUUACCCAAUGAACAAACAAAAGAGACUGAUGCCAGCGCCACUGACACCUGCUGCUCUCAGGAUCUGAUAAGAAAUUUGGAGAUGAGACUGAAAAUUUUGGAAAACGAAAACAGAGAUCAAGCAGAAAAGAUCAGACAGUUAGAAAUCAGAUCUUUUAACACAAACAUGGAGCUGCUGCAACAGAAAAUCCUGAUAACAGAAAUAAGGACAGAGUGCAAUGACAAGCCGAAAUAUGCAUUUGCCGCUGCACUGGGGGACGGGGGACAUAUUGGCCCUUCAGACAGAGAGAGCACGCUGGUCUUCAGAAAGGUUUUAACUAACAUCGGCAACAUUUACAACCAGGCAUCAGGCAUCUUCUCUGCUCCUGUGAAGGGGGUUUACUACUUCAGCGUCUCAUCUUUCACAUUUGAUGAGAAUAAUAGUGCCUGUGUGAGUCUGUUUAGGAACCAUGAGCGUUUGCUGACUGCAUGUGAUCAUAAUUCAGCAGAUGGAUCCGACUCUGCAAGUAAUGGGGCGGCAAUAGAGUUGGAGAAAGGUGAUCAUGUGUACAUCACACUGCAUGCUUACUCAAGGGUUUACGAUGAUUAUCAUAACAGAAACUGUUUCAGUGGAUUUCUACUUUUUACACUUUAAUCUAGUUUUACCGAUAAAAACCGCUGGUUAUGAUAAUGACUGAUAAUAACCUGUGCUAAUGAAAAAUAUUAUUAAAUUCAGUGUUAAAACUAUUAUUUUAUUAUUUAGCAUUGUUAUGUAUAUUGACAAUUGUUAGUGAAUAAUGUAAUUAUUAAAACUAAGUAAUGAAGUUGUAAUUGUUAACAUUAGUUUAUGCACCAUGAACUUACAAGAACAAUUGUAUUAUUGACUUUUACUAACAUUAACAAAUGUUAUUAAUAAAUGCUAAAACUGCAUGUUGUUGGAUCAUGUUAGCUAAUGCAUUUACUAAUACAAAUACUUAAUAUUGUGAAGUGUUACCAUUUACAUUUAUUCUCAACUUAUAUUCACCUAUUAGCAAGCCUCUCUUGUGUUUAUGAUCUCAGAAAUAAAAGUACGAAAGCUGUCACUGGGGCGGUACCCUUUUGAAAAGUACACCUUUGUACUUAAAGGGUGCAUAUUUGUACCCAAAGGUACUUCAAAAGCACAUACCGUUACCAUAAAUAGUACAUUUACCAGGACCACUUUAUUAACGCAAACAUCUUUGUUGUAAAUGUAUGCACUGGAAGCAUUAACUAGCACAAAGUUAAGAUUUUCCAGUAUAUACUCUACUGUAAUUUUUUGCAAAUUGAUAAAAGAAAGAUGAUUAAUAUAAUAAAACCCAAAGGAAAAACUUUUGGACUUUUCUAAUGAUGCUUAGUUGA